UUUAUUACAUUUUUACCCCUACACGUCUACAUCAACUAUUUUACUUACCAUCUUUGUUUUAUUACAAAAAUACCACCUACUCAUCAUUCCAUGCACAGACACGUGUGCCAUCCCCAUCACACAUCAAUCAAAUCUCACUCUCUUCCCUCUAUUUUUUCCUUUUCUUUCAAUUUCAUUUUCGAUUUUCCUUCUGUUUUUUUGUUGUUUGGAAGAUCAAUAACCUCCAUUGAUAAGCUUAACCACCCAUUAUUCAUCACGUUUUUUCCCUCUCGUUUUUUGUUCAUCCAAAAAAUUUCAACUCCCACUCAACCCACGAUUUCUCAACUGUUUUUCCCUCUCAGUUUCAUCUUGUUUCAAAUUUAUUUAUAAAAUGGCCAUCACUCGUUCAUCAUCAUCACCUUCUCCAGUUCACAAACAAAAAUCGAAAAUGGGAAAGAAAACUUUGGCUAACAAAUCAAAGGGUAAACGCCCCCGAUCGUUGAAGAGUAUAAUUCUGAUUUUGAUGCUCCUCUGACCAAGCGUGGGAGGCCACAUACUUCGAAGAAAACGAAGCUCAAUGUGGAGGAGCAAACGGUUCAAGAAAUUUCUGGGAAAAAAACUAGUGCCUCUGCCGAAGUUCGAACAGAGGUUGGUUUUCAGUUUCAUUCUCGUUUCCCCCUUUUUCAACAUUUAGACUUUUCCCAGAUUUUUGCGUUUUUUUGUUCAUUCUGCUUUGUGUAAUUUUAGGGUUUCAUUUUGAACAUUUCGUUUUAUGUUGUUUAAUUUUUUAGGUCUUUAUUGUUGGUUUUGAGCAAUUUAUUUUGUUCUUUUAUGGGUUUGGUUUUUAAAUUUGAUUUUAUUUUCUUUAUUUUCAGUGUUUGUUUGUGCUUUAGGUUCUGUAUUUUGUUUUCGUUUUUAGUGUGUACAAUCAGUCGUAUGUAGUUUCUUAUUAAUUUUUUUAUAGUUUAAUGUUGUUAUGUUUGAUGUGUUUUUCGAUUUUCAUUAGGUCUAGUUGUUUGCUGUUAGUUUUUAGGUUUCAAAACAAUUUUAGAUCUUUGCUGUUUAUUUUUGUAUAGUUGUAUCUGUUUGGUAGUUUGUUUUUGGUUUGUUUAUAGUUUUAUUAUAGUUGUCAUACUGUAUUAUUCACGAUUAAAAAUUUAUUGUGGCCAUUUUGGUUAUUUUGCAGGUUUGGGACUACAAAUUUAGUCCUUCUGAUUACUAUAGAUCUAAGUGUGUUUGCACUAGUCUUUUUUAUGUCAUAGAUAAUAUUAAGAACACUUUGUUUGUUAAUUUGUUGUGUAUGUUUCGUGAAACUCAGUUUGGCCAUUUUCUAGGUAUGCCUGAGUUUGUUUUUCAUCCGCAAGUUGUCCAUAGUUUAUUACUGAGGGAAGUUUUCCAGCCCAAUCCUAAAGAGUUUUGGGCUAAGGUUGCUGGCCGUUGCAUACGGUUUAGUGCUGAGGAAUUUUAUUUGAUUUCUGGAAUUGAUUGUUUCGGUGAUUGCAACAAGUUGUUGUUUUCACAGGAAACAAAUCAGUUGGUAGAAAUCUGUUUUCGUGGUGUAAAAACCAUUGACCACAAAGCCAUUGAGGAUGCUUUCUUGGGUAGUAGGUGAGGUUUGGAUGAGUCCCUUGGUUUGAAAAUGGCUGUUUUGUAUUUUAUUCAGUGUUUUCUUCUUAGUAAUACUCCUGAUAAAGAAGUAUCUAGGUUUGAUCUAGAAGUUGUGGAUAGCGGUCGGUGGGACGAGUAUUGUUGGGGUAGGGAAUCCUUUGAAUUGACAAUUGAUUCAUUCAAAGGUAGAAUUCAGCAUGGGAUUUUAAUGAAAAAUAAGAAGGCAGAGAAGGGAGGCCAGUAUGAUGGUUGGUAUAGGGCUUUGGGAUGUCCAUGGGUUUUUACGGUUUGGUUUUAUGAAUGAUGUCCUGUUAUGGUGAACUCUUUCUGUAAAAGAGGUUCAUCUUCUAUUCCAAGGAUUCUGAAUUGGAGCAACACCAUUGUCACCAAAAUUCCAACUCUUCGAGACUUGAAGGGCAAGAUUUUUGAUUUGCCGUUGAACAAGGUAAUUUACAGUUUCUUUACUGUUUCUUUUCAGUUUUAUUUAUGUUGUUAAUUUUUAGUUUUUUAAAUUGUUUUUAUAUUUUCAUAUUCUGUUUGAUUAUGUUGUUCAGUUGAAGAUCAAAAACAUGUGUCCUACUGAUGAAGAGAGGCAGAAGCUUCAACUUGACGGUUUAUUUCUUGAUGAGUUUAUUGAUGACCGUGGUGUAGCGAAGCAAUCCUUUGAGAGUGGGUCAUCUUCAAAGAAAUCUGAUUCAGUGGAUAUUGAUUUGAUGAAAUCUAAGUUGGAGAUGGUCAUUUCGAAUCAAGCAUCAUUGGCCGAAGACUUCAUAUCAUUGAGGUGUUUUGUUGAUCUUAAUUUCAAGUCCGUAAUGACUGUAAUUAAGGAUAUUCAGGAGAAGGUUAAUGCCAUUCAUCGUCGUCCUUCUGAUGAGGGAAAGUCAUCUGAUGAAUUAGUAACUCAAGAUUCUGAUGAUGAUGGUGAUGAUGAUGAUGAUGAUGAUGAUGAUGAUGAUGAUGCUGAGGAUGAUGAGAAGGAACUGCCUGAUCCAGAAAAUAUUGAUUCCGACUCCGACGAUGGUGGUGAGUUGGUUAAAGUUGGUGGUGAUGCUGAUGAUGCUGACAAGGUUGUUACUGAUGUUGCCCCUGCUGAUGUGAAUCCAUCUGAGGCUGUUGGAGGGAGUGAUGAAAAUGCUAAGGAUGUUGAGAAGCCAAAGGGUGAUGAGUCUCGAUUAAAGGGGGACGAUUUCUUUGAUGGGUUAAGCCAGCUUGAAAUAGAUGAUGAUCAAGUUGUGUUGGUUGGCUUGGAGGCUGUUGGUAAAAUCCAUGUAAGUGUAUUUUUAAUUGGUUGCAAGAAAAUUAGGUUUCUUUUUGGUUGCUCAAUAGUUUUUAGUUUGUUUUGCAACUGUUUAAAUGCAUUCUUUCUUUUUUAGGUCCCCGCACCCAAUCCAGAUGUUGUUGGUCAAAAGUCAGCUGCCCUUCAUACUGAUGAAGAAACUGAGGACACUGUCUCUGAUACACCUCUUUUGGAUAAGAGGAAGCGUGCUCCGGCCUUGAAAUCUCCUUUCGUUGAUUUCGGGUCUGCUGAUGUGGGGAGCACUCCAACGGAGCUUAUGUCCUCAGGUUCUCAAUCAGCUGGGGAUGAUAGGGAUUUUAAAAUGGUGACUUAUGUGAAGGGCCUUUAUACUCUUAAUGAUGCAUUUGCUGAUCUCGUAUCUCCCGAGAUUGAGGCAAAAUUUGACGCGUGAAUUUGUCAAGGCUUGCUUAAACAUCCUAGGUGACUGUUUUUAUUAAAUCUGUAUUUGUAUUCUGUUUUAUUUUUCAGUUUUAUUCUGGUUUUAAUGCUAUUUUUUGUUGUUUCUUUGUUGUUUUAGGCAUUACAAUUGUUAUGUUGAUAGCGCAAAGAAAUUUACCUCGGGUUUUAGGCUAGGUGUUGAUUAUGUGGAGGAUAAAACUUGGUUUUAUCAUUUGGCUACAUGCGACAUGUUUAUAAAUGACUCGGUAAAGUUUUCAUUUUCCAUUGUAGUUAUGAUAGUUUGUUUUCAAUUGCUUUGUAAAUGUUUUUAAGUUUUGAUACUGUAGUACAGUUUUUUAACAGUUGUUCAACCUUUUCAUUUGUGUUUUUGUGUUGUUUUUGUUUCAGUAUAUGAACACCAUAUUCUAUUACCUUAGGAAAAAAGGUAAAUAUUCUUCCGUUGUGACGUUGAAUUUUGCGACAAUCGAUUGUCUCUUUGAUGAUUCCAUCCAAGCUUUGUACCAUAAAUAUAACAAAGCCAAGUCAAUGAAGACUAAGAUGUCACACAUUCACGUUGCCCACCCAAUAGCGCAUUACAUUCAAGGUUUGUGCAUUCCGUGUUCUAAGCCUUGGUAUGAAGUCGAUCAUGUGUUAUUCAUCAUCAAUCUAAGGAGGGAAAGUCAUUGGGUGUUUGGUCGUCUUGACUUGAAUGAAGGGAUUCUGUUUCUGUAUAAUUCUCUGAGGACUGCGAAAAUGAAUGCUGCAGCUAGGAAUGCCAUGAAGGCUUAUUCUGUGUUGCUGCCUUUGUUUUUUGAUCUACUUGGUUUCUGGAAGAAUAGGUCACAUGCUCCUGCUUUAGGUUUUGACCCUACAGCUCCUUUAAGAAUCGUGGAGAUUAGUGGUCUGCCGUCUCGGCAGAAAAAGUGAGUGUUUCUUUUAAGUUUAUUUUAUGUUGUUUUUUAGUUGCUAAACUGUUUAUAUUUUUUCUGUUUUUAUAGUGAUUGCGGAGCAUAUGUUGCUGCAUUUGCCGAGUUCUUUAUCCACGGAAAGGAUGUUCCUGCGGACUUUGAUAUCGAAGUUUAUCGUACUCGGCUUGCUGCACUUUUCUUCUCAUAUGGCCAAAGGAAAAUUGAUGAAAGCAUUGAUAGCGAGGAUGAGAAGCAAAGCAAGUCUUCUAAGGCUUCUAAAUUGAAAAAAUAGGAUCUUUUAUUUUGGUGACUAUUUUGUGUUAUUGGUUGAAUCUAUUAUUUGACAAUAGUUAGUGUUAUUGGUUGAAUAUAGGUAUUAUAUUUGGUUUUAUACUCUGGAUCUGGUUUAAAACUUUUAGGAUAUUUGACAUUUAGUCCUUAUAAUAUGUUUAUUGUAUAGGUUUGUAUCAGCAAAAGUUGUAUGUUUUUCUAAUUGUUCAAGUUUUUAUAUACAGUCACACAACUAUAGAGAAACUAUUAUCCAACUGAAUACAAACAAUGUACUUAUAUUUCUAAAUUGUGCUAUGAAUGUAUUUUUAUUCUUUGUUCUUCCAUUGCUCCUUUUUCCUUUAUUUAGUUAUGUUUUAUCAAUUCUUACCUGACUGCUUUUAAAACUGUAAAGAAGAAGUUAUUCCUGUACUUAAUAUUUACGAAGUGUCGCAACUGUAACAAAACGAUUUUGAAACUAUUAAAAAACUGUUUCAAAUUUCAUAAAAAUGAAAUCCCAUGUAUUUAGAACAUAACAUAUCAACGUGUUUGAAUUUGCACACAGAAUUAAACAAUUCAAAUAUUUCAUAUGUAUCUAUUUUAUUGCUUGAUUGUUGCAUGUCUUUCGAUUGUGUCCGUGUUGACCACAUUUGCUGCACCUGUUAUGUUUUUUUUGUAUCCCAUUCAGAUAAAAACCUUCAUUUCCUUGGUCUUCCAGAUCUUAUUUUCUGGUUUGGUGGCAGAACAAUGAUAUCUUUUAUGUUUUGUGGCACAUCCCAUGUUGUGUGAUUGUGUACCGAAUAUGUUGAGCCGCUGUAUGUUUCAAGCCAUGUUCUUGUGGUGUAAUAACCUGAACAGUAGUUGUAAACAUUCAAGUUCAUCUCUUUUAUAACAGCAAGCGCAUGAGCACACGGUAACUCGUCAAGUUGGAAUCGGUUGCAACUGCAUGUUUUCUCCUUGAGGUUGAUGACCCAUGAUCUGGUUAGUUCUAAGACUUCGAACAUGGUCUCGUUUAUUGGUUUUACCUGCGGAUUAAGUAAAUUUAUAAAAUUGUUAUUAUGUAUAACAACGGAAAGCAAACUAUUAAGAAACUAUAAUGCAACUAAAAUAUUAAACAGAUUAUUACAUUUUCUGUCAAUGAGUCCACAAAGUUGUGACUAAUUUCUUCUCUGCUGUAGGUGUUAAAAAUGUUGUUGUUUUUUGUGCUUUUUUCCUGUUUGUGUAUGUCCAUUGUUGUAUCAAAGCUCUUAAUGACUCCAUCAGUGUUGUGAUUGGUAGCUCUCUAGCUGCUAAGUUUGCUGCAUUUAGAGAUUCAGCAAUGUUUGAAGUCAUAGUUGAAUACCUGUUGUUUUUGCAGUGGUAUCUUGACCAUUUGUGGUGUCCAACUUGUUGUAAAUAUGGUCUGACACGGAUGUCCAAGCUGUCCAACUCGCUCAUAUGGUAUUCAAAUUUCCUCUCUGUGUAUGCUCUGGCUGCAGCGAAGAAUGGUUUAUCCAGCUUGCUUGCAUUCUUCUUGAAGGUUGCUUUUAGGUUGCUUAACAGGUGGUAGACACAAUAACAAUGCGUGAUUUCUGGAAAUGCUUGAGCAUCUGCCUUAAUUAUGCUCUCAUGUCUAUCUGAGAUCAAGCACUGUUCCUCUCUAAUCCCAUAUGUUUCUCUUACUUUUGUGAAAAACCAUUGCCAUGAGUUGUUGUUUUCUGAAUCCACAACAGAAAAAGCUAGUGGAAAAAUGUGCCCAUUUGCGUCUUGUGUACAAGCAGAGAGCAAUGUACCUCCAUAUGUUGAUUUAAGGAAAGUUUCGUCAACAACUAUUAUAGGUUUGCAUUUCUUCCAUCCUUUUAUUGAAGCAUCCAGUGCGACAAACAAGUACUUGAAGUUGUUGUCAUCCUUUGUUUGCAUGUGCACUAUUGUUCCGGGAUUAGUUUUUUGCAACAUGUGCAAAAAAUCGGGCAGCAGCUUGUAUGAUUCAUUGGCUUUUCCUCGUAAUUCUUCUUGCGCGUGCUCUUUGCUUCUCCAUGCUUUCAUGUAGUUCAUUCUCACCCCAUACUUGUGUUUCAUUUCUCCUCUAAUGUCUUGUGGUGUUUGAGUUGUUUUUAUGUUGGUAAACCGUGGCUUGAUGUAGUUUCCAAUCAAUUUCGUUGUAGCUUGUCUUUUGUCGGCAAAUCUUAUGUUUAGAUCACAAGUGUGUAUCACCUUUAUGUCGUACUUUCGAAUGAUGAAUGACUUUGUUGGCCCGUUUCUGGAUGCCGUUAGUGCCCACUUGCAUUUUGGAUCCAAACAACAAAUCUUGUAUGUUCUUGCACAUGAUUUUUUCACUCUGAAUUGGAAGUUGUUCCUAAUUGCAUAGAAACCAAGCACACUCUGCAGUGUUUCUUUGUCUUUGUAUAUUUGUGCUUCUUCUAUUUCAGGAUGUUGUGGAUCUGUGAUUAGUAGUUCGUCAUAAUCUGUGAUUUCUGGUUCCUUGUUUUUGUUGUUUUCCAGUUGCUCAACCAUCUCCUCUGCCACAAGUUUUGCAUAGUCCAUGAAGUCAAAAUUUUCUCCCCCAAAUUUCGGUACUGUAGCUUCAAUUGUAUGUUGUUGAUUUGUUGAGUCUUCUGUUGUUUCUGCAUUGUAUUCGAUCGGUUCGAAGGCGCUUGUAUGUGUAAUUUAUGAAUUGUCAUUUCCCAAGAAUGAUGCAUUGAUGGUUGUUGUUGGGUUGUGGAUGACAUUCACACACAAUGGGUAUGUUGUGAAGUCGGGGUCCUUCAGUUUGAGUUGUAUGUAGAAAUGCAGGCUUUGAUCAUCAUUUAUCCUCAAUGGUUGGUAUCCUUCCUUCACUUGAUAUUUCAGUUGCAAAACAGUGUUUUCUUGGUUGCACUCCAGGACAUCUUUGAGUUUCUGUUGCAAAUCUUCAUAGUUACAAUUGGCUGAAAUGUAAUGUCCACUGGCUUCAUAAUUUUCAUAAUUCAUUCGAUCAUCGAAUUGUCCAUUGUAGAAGACUAGGAAUGGAAUGUCUUUCCUUUCUUGUGUUUUUGCAAUGGUUAUUAGUGCAAGGCAACAAAUUUUAAAACUGGUUUGAUUCUGUUAUGAAAUAGAGUACAAACUUACUUCUAUCUAUGUCCUUUUGUUCAAGCAUUGUAUUUCCUGUCCUGAUUCCUGCUUUUGCCAUUUUUUUUUUUGUUGUUAAUAAACUACAAAGAAACGAGAAUAAAACUAUUAAGAAACUUCAACAAAAAUUUCAGAAACUAACCAUUUCUCAAACUGUUUUAUCAUCUAUCUUUUCCAAAAUAAAUUCCUGCAAAAAAUGUAAUUAAACUAUUAUUAAAUGAUUAUGCAACUGUAAAUCAACUUAAAAACCACAACUUUUUUCUCAAAAUUACAUAGUUCUUACUCAUUGUUUUCAUCAUGUUUAUUUGAAUCAGAUCAAUUUCCAACUAUUUAAAACUAAUUUGCCACCAUUUACAUAAAUCAUACCUUGUAUAUCUGCUAGCUUUUGGUACUCGUCAAUUGACACUUCUUCAUGAUUUGUAAACCAUUUUAAAACGAUAAUGCAACUGUAAGGCAACGCAAAAAAUUAAAAAAAGUCUUAUUAGUAUCAUGUGGUUCCUUAAUUAGAAUCAGUUCUUGUUUUUUGUUUUUAGAAUCUGAAUUGCCUGUUGUACACCAGUGAAUCAACCAGAAUGCAACUGUGUAUGACGUAUAUCAUUUUUGAAAAAAAUUUCAUUUCAUACCUUUUUUUGGAUUUGAGGGGGAGCUCCAGAUCUGUUCAAUACAGAUUUACAUUGCUUCAAUCUGGAUUUUCGACGCUCGUUUGAGUGAUAUUGCACGAUAAAAAACCGAAAUCAAAUGUUUAAUUUAAAUUUCUCCACGGUUUUCUGGUCUUUUUUUUUUAAUUUUCUGUUUAGAUCCUUGGAUUUGUUCGUUUCCUAUCGAAAUUCGCCGGAAUUUAUGGUUGUUCUACGCUCGAUCUGGUUUCAUUCUGGUUGCGUAGCCGACUGCAUCGAUGGAGGUUCCUUCAUCGUCUCCGUUCGUGACGUGCGACUGAAGGUAUAGGUCAGGUGGUAUUUUUGUAAUAUAUUCAAUGUGGGCUAUACAAAUGUUGAUUGGGCCGGCCCACAGUAUUUUUGUAAUAUUUUACCCUUUUUGGAAUUUUCCUGUUUUUUUCCCAUAUUAAUAUGAAGAAAUUUUUACAUGAAAAAUAGAAAAGGCUAAUUUUAUUACCAAAAUACCACUACACGGUUAAAAUAAACAUUUAUACACUUUAUCUUUACUUUAUUACAUUUUUACUACAUGCACACACAAUACAUGCAGAUGACACAUCAGUGAUGUAUUAUAUCAAUCUUUCAUGACAUCAUUUCCCUUCUUUUUUUUUCUUCUUUUUUAUAUUAUUUUCUAUUUUUUUUCCGUUUUUUU